AUGAACAUAUUUCUUAAUCCACCUCUUUCUCAACGACUGUCGCAUGGGUACCUCUUCCUUUCUAACUAUGCUCUCUCUCUCUCUCUCUCUCUCUCUCUCUCUCUCUCUCUCUCUCUCUCUCCUGGGAGCGGUAAAUGCCUUGUAGAUGUUGGCGAAGACGGUACAGAAAACGAGGGUACCCUCACCCCAGCGGCAAAGACGGGACAGAGAACGAGGGUACCCUCACCCCAGCGGCAAAGACGGGACAGAGAACGAGGGGACCCUCACCCCAGCGGCGAAGACUGGACAGACAACGAGGGGACCCUCACCACAGCGGCAAAGACGGGACAGAGAACGAGGGGACCCUCACCCCAGCGGCAAAGACGGGACAGAGAACGAGGGUACCCUCACCCCAGCGGCAAAGACGGGACAGAGAACGAGGGGACCCUCACCCCAGCGGCAAAGACGGGACAGAGAACGAGGGGACCCUCACCCCAGCGGCGAAGACUGGACAAACAACGAGGGGACCCUCACCCCAGCGGCAAAGACAGGACAGACAACGAGGGGACCCUCACCCCAGCGGCAAAGACGGGACAGAAAACGAGGGGACUCUUACCCCAGCGGCAAAGACAGGACAGAAAACGAGGGGACUCUCACCCCAGCGGCAAAGACGGGACAGAGAACGAGGGUACCCUCACCCCAGCGGCAAAGACGGGACAGAGAACGAGGGUACCCUCACCCCUGCGGCAAAGACGGGACAGAGAACGAGGGGACCCUCACCCCAGCGGCGAAGACUGGACAGACAACGAGGGGACCCUCACCCCAGCGGCAAAGACGGGACAGAGAACGAGGGGACCCUCACCCCAGCGGCAAAGACGGGACAGAGAACGAGGGGACCCUCACCCCAGCGGCAAAGACGGGACAGAGAACGAGGGUACCCUCACCCCAGCGGCAAAGACAGGACAGAGAACGAGGGGACCCUCACCCCAGCGGCAAAGGGGACAGACAACGAGGGGACCCUCACCCCAGCGGCAAAGACAGGACAGAAAACGAGGGGACCCUUACCCCAGCGGCAAAGACGGGACAGAAAACGAGGGGACCCUUACCCCAGCGGCAAAGACAGGACAGAGAACGAGGGUACCCUCACCCCAGCGGCAAAGACGGGACAGAGAACAAGGGUACCCUCACCCCAGCGGCAAAGACGGGACAGACAACGAGGGUACCCUCACCCCAGCGGCAAAGACGGGACAGACAACGUGGGUACCCUCACCCCAGCGGCGAAGACGGGACAGAGAACGAGGGGACCCUCACCCCAGCGGCAAAGACGGGACAGAGAAUGAGGAGACCCUCACCCCAGCGGCGAAGACUGGAGAGACAACGAGGGGACCCUCACCCCAGCGGCAAAGACAGGACAGAGAACGAGGGGACCCCCACCCCAGCGGCAAAGUCGGGACAGAGAACGAGGGUACCCUCACCCCAGCGGCAAAGACGAGACAGAGAACGAGGGGACCCUCACCCCAGCGGAAAAGACAGGACAGAGAACGAGGGGACCCUCACCCCAGCGGCAAAGACAGGACAGAGAACGAGGGGACCCUCACCCCAGCGGAAAAGACAGGACAGAGAACGAGGGGACCCUCACCCCAGCGGCAAAGACGGGACAGAGAACGAGGGGACCCUCACCCCAGCGGCAAAGACGGGACAGAGAACGAGGGGACCCUCACCCCAGCGGCGAAGACUGGACAGACAACGAGGGGACCCUCACCCCAGCGGCAAAGACAGGACAGACAACGAGGGGACCCUCACCCCAGCGGCAAAGACGGGACAGAAAACGAGGGACCCUUACCCCAGCGGCAAAGACAGGACAGAAAACGAGGGGGGCCCUCACCCCAGCGGCAAAGACGGGACAGAGAACGAGGGUACCCUCACCCCCAGCGGCAAAGACAGGACAGAGAACAAGGGUACCCUCACCCCUGCGGCAAAGACGGGACAGACAACGAGGGUACCCUCACCAAGCGGCAAAGACAGGACAGAGAACGAGGGUACCCUCACCCCAGCGGCGAAGACGGGACAGAGAACGAGGGGACCCUCACCCCAGCGGCAAAGACAGGACAGAGAAUGAGGAGACCCUCACCCCAGCGGCGAAGACUGGACAGACAACGAGGGGACCCUCACCCAAGCGGGCAAAGACGGGACAGAGAACGAGGGGACCCUCACCCCAGCGGCAAAGUCAGGACAGAGAACGAGGGGACCCUCACCCCAGCGGCAAAGACGGGACAGAGAACGAGGGGUACCCUCACCCCAGCGGCAAAGACGAGACAGAGAACGAGGGGACCCUCACCCCAGCGGCAAAGACAGGACAGAGAACGAGGGGACCCUCACCCCAGCGGCAAAGACGGGACAGAGAACGAGGGGACCCUCACCCCAGCGGAAAAGACGGGACAGAGAACGAGGGGACCCUCACCCCAGCGGAAAAUAUUCCUUUUUCUUUCUGCUUUUUAUGUCUCUUUCUUUAUAUCUUUUUUUCUUAUUCUUUUUUAUCAGCAUGUCUUUCCUCUUGUAAUUCUUCUCUAUUUUCUUUCACCUUUCCAUUUUCUCUUUGUUCUCAGUCUUUCCCUUUGUUUAUUUCUUCUUUCUUUCAUCUUCAGAAAUACCGUCUCCCAUGCUUAUCAAUUUGCCAUUGUCCUUUUUUUCCAUUAUUUUUUUUUCAAACUCCUUUCUUUCUUUUCUCGAGAGCUAUUUCCUAUUCUCUGUAAUUCAAUUUUACUUUUAUUUAUUUCGUUCUCAUUCAGUCUUUUAUUUUUUUUCAUGAAUUUUAAACGUUUCUUUUCUUCAUUUUAUAUUCACUCGUUUCUUUUACAUUAUUCAUUCUCCUUCUUCUUAUUUCUUCAUUUAUUCUUCCAGAUUUUUUUUCUCCGUUCUUUCAAACUUUUCUUUCAUUAUGUUAUCUUCUACUUUUCCAUUCUUCAGGUUUAA